CCUGGCAGUGGCUGCUUUGGGCUCCUUGUCACCAGGACAACCGGCCCCGCCGUAGCGCGUCUGCCAUGGUUUUCUCAAACAAUGAUGAAGCUCUCAUUAACAAAAAGUUACCCAAAGAACUUCUGUUAAGGCAUGGAAUGUCUUGGCUCUGGAUGGAAGUAACUGGCAAAGAAUAGAUCUUUUUAACUUUCAGACAGAUAUAGAGGGUCGUGUGGUGGAAAAUAUUUCCAAAAGGUGUGGUGGGUUCCUGAGACAGCUUAGUUUGAGAGGAUGUCUUGGUGUUGGAGACUCCGCUUUGAAGUAAGUAAUCUAUAUACAACUUGAUUUAGACAUCUUUGUACAAAUCUUUCUGACUUAGUGUAAUCAUUCAAUGUGAAUUCCAGUUUGGGCAGAGAAUAAUUAAUGUUUUCUUGAAAUUAAGUAAUGAGAAGAGUGAGAGAUCAUUUUUAGUUUUUCCAGCUAUUACUGAUUUUGAAUCUUUUAAAUGCUUAACAAUGGAACAUAUUUUUGCUGACUAGCUGUUUGCACCUGAAAAAAAAAAAAAGUUUUCUGGAGUAAGUAUUCAACAAAUUUGUGGUGAACAGUUUAUUUCUUUCCUUUUCAUGGUCUUAAAAGAUAAACUGUUUUCUCAGUAGAAGCCUUGUUGCUUUUAAAUAGCUAAGCCAUAUAUAGAACCAACCAAAUUUUCUUUUCAACAUAAAAACAAAAAGUUGGCAAGAAACAAUGCAUUCUUUUUUAAAAUGAAAAACCCAUACUAGUAACAGAAUUUCUUUAUAAAGAGUAGGGGAAAAAGCAAGAAGCAACAAAAUUUUCUGUUUCAAAUAGAAGAUGCUCUGCUUUGUAAAACAAAGUUAAUGCUGGAAUCAGUCAAAAAUUUCCUAUUUAAAAUGAAAAAUUAUGUUGGAAUCAAUAAAAAUAUAAAACUUACAACAAAAAUCAUGUAGUACAAAACAACAUCUUUUAAGGAAAAAAGCCAUGUUUUAUAAAAGGAAAGGAAAAGACCUAACGUUAAUAUUCUCUAUGAAGAUGUCUGGAAACCUUUUCAACCUUUACAACUGUUUUAAAAACUGAAUAACUUUAUAAUUUACUAAAAUAUUCUCAAGAGGAAACCUUAGUUUUUCCUUUUUUUUUUUCCAGUGAGAAGCUCUUAUCCUUCUGGAAUAACUUACUUUACAUCAAUUAUCUGCACUGUAACUUUGACAUCCUAGUGUGCUUCCAUUUGGAUGAGCAGUGAGGCCCAUAGCAGAGAAGUGAAAUGGGCCAUAAUUUCAUUUAAGAGCACUUAAAUAACUUCACUGAGUCUCUUCAAAUCCUGAGGCUGGUUUAGUCUUUUUUCAAAUGUUGGGAUUUGUUGAGAGAAUCAGGUUCCCUACCAUCCCUGCCCCUUCCCUGUUAUGAAUACUAACAGUGUUGACAUUUAUAACUGUUUAUUUGUGGUUCAGAUUACAGGCAGGUGCUGAAAAGAUGUAUGAGGUUAUACAGAUAAAUUAAACAGGUACACAGAAUAUUCAUGAGCUUAUUCAAGUAAAUGAUGCAAACAGGAAAUAACAGAGUUAGAUGACAUGGUUUACAUACUGGUGGCCCGCGAACACUAGUGUUUCCACGGUGACUACCAUUGGUGGAGCUGCACUGGUGACAGCAACUAAUAGAAGAAGGCUAUAGUCUAUAUAUACUCCAAGUCAGAGAAAAUCCAAUAAAUAGUAAGUGAUCUAAGCUUUCUUUAGGGAAAUAGUUAGGAAGUGCUGUUCUGUUUUCUGUUUCUGAUCUGCUUUCUCACUCCUUUUGUUUUACCAUGCUUGUGUUAAAAAUAAUUCCCAGUCACUGAAAGAGAUGUCAGAUGCAUAAAUAUUGCUUAGUUGAGGUACCUCUAUCAGAAAAUCCACACAUGGGUUUUGCAGGACACAGUUUUCCCAAUAGCUUUACUAUUCCUACAGCUUAUUGCAGACUGGAGAAAAUGUUGAGAGUAAUCUACAGAUGUCUCAUUUGUCUCAUAAAUGUAAGUUUCUCUCCAGUAAAUACUUGAACUUUGGAAUAGCCGUUUUGAAGAUUCAAGUGAAAACUAUCAACCAUAUAACUACAAACUUCUCUCCCCUAGCCACCUUGUUUUCAAUCCACAUUGGAAAGCCAGCAACUAUUACCAGCUGUGUGUGUAGUUGCAUCUGUUAACCAAGGCAAAACUCCAGGCAAAGCUGUUCUUGCGUGUGUGCCUCCAAGUGUGCCCAUAAAAUUAAUAAAGUUGGAGGAAACCUAGAUAUAAAAAUACUGUUCUCAAAUGCUGUGUAGUUGUAAAUUUUCUUUUCAUCUGUGCAGUCUGAUAUUUAUGUAUUUCCUUCAGGUAAUUAGGGUAAUGUUAUAUACAGGUUUUUAACACGAUAGUGACAACAAUCAUCUUUACAAUUCAGACCCAGCUGAUGGUAGUACUUCAUUCAGUUGCAUAUAUUAUAGUUCAUGAAUGACCAAAGUAGAGGUCUAGGGGUCCUACAUGGAUAAUCCAGUAGCUUCAGGGCCUCAUCCUUUAGCCUGCUGGGCAUCUUCACUUCCCUUUGACUUAGGAAGGAUUGGCCCCUAAUGUGGCCCAUUUGAGGAUUCAGUAAUACAACAGAAAAAUGAGUGAUCCUCUGCCCAGCGGCUUAACUAGAGUCAAAUAUCCAAAUGUGGUGAUACUUGCUCUCUCCUAUUCCUGUUAAUGUUUUGAGUUAAUAGGUGUGAAGCAGGACAGAUCUAGGAGGCAACAGAACUAGACUUCUCCCUAAAAUCAAGUUUGAGGGAAAAUGAUGGGAACUACAUUGGUUUUGCCAGUUAACAGAGACAAAACUUACAAAAGAACUCCGGCAAAAGAAAGAGGCAGUCCCUGUGACAAUUUGAUCUGAAAUUUACUUUGUAAUUACUUUGUGGGCCACAUCUCAAGGUUGUUGACUGUUUCUGUAUAUUAGAUGAAGAGGUUGAGGGGAGAGUGCGCUCUAGUGGCUGAAUUAUAACUUGAUCCAUAUAAAAUUUCAUUAACUUUUUAUUGCUGUUUUAGGACAUUUGCACAGAACUGUAGAAACAUUGAACAUUUAAAUCUAAAUGGAUGUACAAAAAUUACUGACAGAGUGUCUGCUGUUUUGCAGCACGUGUUAUAGCCUUAGCAAAUUCUGUUCCAAGCUGAAACAUCUGGAUCUGACAUCCUGUGUAUCUAUUACAAACAGCUCUUUGAAAGGUUUAAGUGAGGGUUGCAGAAAUCUGGAACAUUUGAAUCUUUCCUGGUGUGAUCAGAUUACGAAGGAUGGUAUUGAAGCACUGGUGAAAGGGUGCAGUGGACUAAAAGCACUGUUUCUUAGAGGUUGCACACAGCUGGAAGAUGAAGCACUGAAACACGUUCAAAAUCACUGUCGUGAACUUGUAAUCCUGAAUUUGCAGUCAUGCACACAAAUUUCAGAUGAAGGCAUUGUAAAAAUUUGUAGAGGAUGCCACAGACUUCAGUCACUGUGUGUUUCUGGUUGUAGCAACCUUACAGAUGCUUCUCUCACAGCACUUGGUCUAAACUGUCCGAGAUUGAAGAUUUUGGAAGUUGCAAGAUGUUCCCACCUGACGGAUGCAGGUUUUACACUUUUAGCACGGAAUUGCCAUGAACUGGAAAAGAUGGACUUAGAAGAGUGCAUUCUGAUAACCGAUAACACGUUGAUACAACUUUCUGUUCACUGUCCUAAACUGCAAGCAUUGAGCUUAUCUCACUGUGAGCUGAUCACAGAUAAUGGGAUUCUGCAUCUGAGCAACAGUACCUGUGGUCAUGAAAGGCUCCAGGUCCUCGAGUUAGACAAUUGUCUUCUCAUCACCGAUGUGACCCUAGAGCACCUGGAGAACUGCCACAGUUUGGAGAGAAUUGAGUUAUAUGACUGUCAGCAAGUCACACGAGCAGGAAUCAAAAGAAUAAGAGCUCAUUUACCUGAUGUGAAAGUUCAUGCCUACUUUGCUCCAGUCACCCCUCCUCCUUCUGUAGGAGGUAGUCGACAGCGACUCUGCAGGUGCUGCAUUAUUCUUUGACAGUAGGAGGGAGCAUCAGCAAAGGAAGAUUGUGGAAACAAAAUCAGAUUGCAAGUGGCUUGCAGAGUGUCAGUUUCUUAACUGCCGUAGGAGUGAUGUUGCAGUCAUUCAAUUUUGUGCUGGUACUGACUCAAAGGUGUUUUCACAGGUAAAAAGUCUUAAUGUUACAUGCGGAUGUGGAGUAACUGAUGCUUUUCUUUUUUUUUAAAUUACAUCUACUCCACCAUCCCUGCUGUUGAUAUGACAAUCAUAGUACCAUUUACUAAUGUGGACUGGGGGAUUGCAGAGUUGUAGAUGCUCAGUGAAAGCCCCAACCCUGUAAGCCUCACUAAACUGGAAUAUUAGUUCCUAUUUGUAAGCAUUAUUCAGUGUUUAAAAAAAAAAAAUUCAGGGUCUCAAUCCAGCAUGAGUGUCCAAACUGCUGUUGUACAAUACACAUAACCAAUUACAUCAUCAGGUUUAAGGACAAAUCAGCUUUAGCAGAAGUUGACCAAAAAACGGAAAAUAAUCAUGAAAAAUAGAUUCCUAUUUUGCUACGGUUUUUAAUUUCUACAAAAACUCCCCACCAUGUUAAGAGGUAGUACAUCUCCAGAAAACUAUUUAAUUUAAACUUUGUUUUAUACAAAAGAGCACUCCUCAAAUUGUUGAAUUAUUUCUCUAAAGAGUCUUAAGUGUUAUCAAGUAGGUUAGGCUAAGAAAGGUAUGGCUGUUUUGUGUCCUGUCCACUGGUCUUUUUAUAUGCUCUAGCUGAGUAGGUAGAGCUGUUUACACUAUAGUGGCUGAAAGAAUAUUUGUGUAUGGUACUUAUACUUCCCACAUUGCAUCUCCCCAUUUAAUAUAUUUAGUCCUAAACAAACAGCAGCUUGGGGGGGAUAUUACUGCCUUUUUUACAGAGUUAACUUAAUUUGCCCUAGGUCACAUCCUAAACUGUGACAAAGCAAGGAACUGAAUGCUAGGCUCCUGCAUCCCAGGCCCAUACCCUAACCAAUGAGCUGAGUUAUCAACCUGUGGUCUAUGGACCCCCUUUGGGGGCCACAGACUAUUCAGAUUUCCAAAGGGGUCUGCAACUGAAAAAAGGUUGAAAAUCACUGGGCGAAUUAAUUUAAUGUAGUUGACAUGGUUGAGCAGAUUGAGAGCCCAAACAAGCAGUGGUUUCUGUUUUCUUAAAGAAGGAAAGUUUUAAAAAUUGAAGCCCAACUUUUCAGAAAGAGAGCAUUCAUCAUGACAAUUACAUUAAUACCUUUAACCUUUUUUUUAUCUGGUAGGGUGACAUCAUGGCCUCAUUGACAUCAAUAGGCCAGAAUUUCAGCUGUAGAUUUAAGCCUUCUACAAAGGAGAGUGAAAUCUGAAUGUAAAACCACAAGUCUAAGGGGGAAGCUACAUUUUUAUAUUAAGCCACCUAAAUAAAUGGUUGGUGUGCAUGGCAUCUCCCUUAGGUACCCAAGCUCAACAUUAAGCCCAAGAUAUUUUCCUUUCAAGGGCUAAAGACUGGUCAACUGAUAUAGUGUUUAAGUCCUGAAAAUGAUGUAAUGUCAUUUGACAAAAACUCUAAUAGACUUUCCCUUAAGGGUAAGGCAAUAUUUCCAGUAUGUGUAGCCUAAGUUGUUGGCAAAACAUAGUUGAAUGCAGUGUGUACAUUGACACCUCACCUUUAAAACUAUGUUUUAAAACGUUAAUGUGAAAAUUUAAGGCAGCUUUUGACAGCUGCACUUUUGUUGUAUGCAGAUCUGUGAACUUAAGAUACUGACAUAGCUGAAAAUUUAUAUGAAUAUGGUAUAAAGUUCUAGUAUUAAACUUUGGGGGGGGGGGCUUCAUCUUUGCAGCAAAAGCAAAAAUUCCUGGAUUAGUUUACACAUUAUGUAUACACUUGUAUUAUCAAGAUUCCCAUUUAUGGAAUUUUCUUAGCAGAACAUUGGGGGAAGACCAAAAUUAAACGUGAACUCAGUGCAACUUGUCAGAAUGAGUAGUUGUGUGUUGCCUUAGGUCUGGAUCAUUUUUAUGGAUCUUAUUGUAAGGGCAUUAAAGUUGUACAAAAACCAAAAUUUAACAUAUGCCUACACUAAGAAAAAUGAUAUAGAAAACAAAUAAACAAUCAGCUGAUAAUUUACUUGAACUUCUGUUUCACUGAUUUCAAAAAUUGAGCCAUUAAUAUUUUACUCAAAAAAAGUAUGGUUUUGGUCAUGCUGAAAUUAAUGAGUUCUUUCAAUUCGUUUUCUAAAAUAUUGCUGGGGAGCUGAAUUAUCUGCUCUGAAGUGCAUUGCUCCUACUAACAAUGUUAAUUCUAUCUUAGCAGAAAAAUAAGCACAUUUACAAAAUUAUUGAAAAACAUUUAUUCUUAAAUUGAAAUGUGUACAUCUUAAAACAAAAGCAAUUUGCUGGUGCCAUAAUUUAAUUCCAAUUUCAAGUGAGCGGGACAAACUACUAUACACUUCCUUUAAAUUUAGUUGGAUACUUUCUAAUCAAGGAUUUUUCCACUUUUAUAAAACAUUUGGGAUUUGAAAAUGGUGCUGAGGUGAAAUGACAACUGUCAGUUCAAUAAACUAUCAAGACCCAACCAAUACCCAAAGAUGAACAAUUUAUAGGCAGAAGAAACUUGAACUUAAGUCCACAAAAUUCCACUUUAUCAGUGUAGAAAAACAUUUAAAGUUUGCAAAAUUGCUACAGCUUUAAAAAGGCUUGCUUGGUAAGCACUUAACCCAGCUAAAGAAGGAAUUAAAUAUCAAAGUAGCAUUUUGCAUGCUGUAGUAGUUUUUGUUCUCUGUAAAUGAUUUUGCACUACAGCAUUCAAAAUUUUCAAAUUGAUUUAAAGGGAGGGGAGAUAUUGUGAGUAAAAAGGGGGAUUUUUCUGCCUUUGAAAAAUCUUCCCCAAAGUACCUAAAUAAUAAUAACAUACUCAUAAGUGGACAUUAAUAUUAAAUGUUUGAAUAGCAGUGCCAUACAUUUGACAAUUUCAAGGAAUUGCCUAUUUCAAAAGUAAGUAUUUGGUCAUAUGGAGAGGCACUGUAAAAAAAAAUUACAGUAUCAAUCUGAGAAUAAAGAAAUCACAGAAAAGGUCAAGAUACCUGCCCAUAAAGAGUGAUUAUAGCAAGACAUACCUGCUACUAAAGAGAUUAAGUGGUGUAUAUUUAGUGUUUCUUGAGCAUGUAAUGGACAGUACUUAAAGCUGUGUUGUAGCCCCCUUGGUGCCAGUGGGUCACACUUCCCCCCACCCCCCAAAACUCCCCCAUCAUUAUGCAGUUUGUUUUUAAAUCCACCAUUUUAAAAA